AUGAGUAAACAUAUAAGAUUUGAAGAAAAUAUAUUAGUUGAUGAAGACUACACAAACUUUGGAAAAGAAGACAAAAACGCGGACCACAAAAAAGGUUAUGGUAUAGCCAGGAAUUUUGCUGAAUCUCUUGAUUAUGGAGAGAAAAAGAAAUGGUAUCAACAGAUGCCUGAAGAACCAUCCACAACUACCAAAACAUUGUCACAUUUAGAGCUAGAAGCAUGUAAAAAAGAAGCAAAUAGUGCUUUACAUGGAGAUACUUUGGCAUAUGAAACAAAAGCCAGUAAAUCAGGUACUUCUGACUAUCAAUGGGCUAAAACACUUUUAAAUAAAGGUACUAUUGGGGAUAGGGUGGCUGCAGCAACUAUCCUUAUACAGGAUAAUCCAGUACACAAUUUAAAUGCAUUGAGGAAUUUAGUAAAUAGUGUGAAACCAGCCAAGAAGAAAGAUGGUAUUGUUAUAAUAGAUGCGCUGUCAGAGCUUCUUAUAUCAGAAUUAUUAAUACCUGAUGUAAAAUUGCGAACAUUUGAACAAUAUCCAUUAGGGCAUUUGGAUGAAAUGACAUCUGGCAACAAACAAGCACGCAGGAAUAUUCUCAAAUUAUGGUAUUAUGCAGAUCAGCUAAAGGAAUUAUACGGAUCAUAUGUGGAAGCUUUAAACAAAUUCGCCCAUGAUUCAGUAGAAGCCAACAAAGAGAAGGCUGUUAGUGCCAUGUCAUAUCUCUUGAUGCAUCAUCCAGAGAGGGAAAAGAUGCUACUAUCAAAUAUUAUAAACAAACUUGGUGAUCCAUCCCAGACUGUUGCAUCAAAAGUGAUCUAUCAUUUAUGUCAGUUAUUGUACAAUCAUCCUAACAUGAAAAAUGUGGUUUUAGCAGAAAUUGAGAAAAUGCUGUUUCGGCCGAAUAUAUCACCGCGUGCGCAGUACUACGGUGUAUGCUUUUUAAAUCAAUUUUAUUUGGGCAAAGACGAUUCAAAGAUAGCUGAAGGCCUAAUACGGAUAUAUUUUUCAUUCUUUAAGGCAUCAAUUAAAAAGGGUGAAAUCGAUUCCCGUCUGAUGUCAGCUAUUUUGACGGGUGUCAAACGUGCCUACCCCUUCGCGGAUAAAGAGAGAUUGGUAGACACCUCUGCUCAUAUCGACGCUAUUCACAGAUUGGUACACUUGGCUGGAAUUAACGUGGCCAUACAUGCGCUGGCGCUUCUAUUUCACGUCAGCGAUACGUCGCAAGGUAUCAGUGAUAGAUAUUACUCAGCGCUAUACAAGAAACUAAUCAACCCAGAGAUCUUCAGCACCGCCCAUUCCGCUCUUCUCUUCUCUCUCAUAUACAAGUCGUUAAAGCAGGACAAAAAUGUGGACAGAGUUGUCGCGUUCGUUAAACGGUUGUUGCAACUGUGCUGUUAUAUGACGCCCGGUCAAGUGUGUGGUAUGCUGUUUUUGGUGUCACAGGUUUUGAAGGAUGCAAGCAAAAAAGAUGCUCUCAAUUUGACAUGGACAAAAAAGGAGGUUAAGGCAGAAGUAGAAAAUUCCGAACCGGUAGAUCUGGAUGGAGAAGACUUAGAAACGUCUAAAGAAGAAUCACAACCUGAAGAAAAUGUUAACGAUACAGUUGAAGAAGUUGAAGAGAAGAAAGAGAAUAAGAAAAUCGAUUUACUGAUAGGAGAUAAGAAAGAUCUUUUAAUAGAUGACGAAGAAGAAUCGUACGUAGAUCUAAAGAUAGACCAGGAAGGUAACAUAAAGCCAAAAAAAGAGAGCCGCUUCCUCUGUCAGCGGAUCAUGGUAUCAUGCCAAAGUGAAAACUGA